GUUAAUCGAUAUGCGUCGAGAAGAAAUACGAAAUGCAUAAUGUACCUCUGAGAGUCGCUGGAACGCCACAUGCCCCGUGGCCUGUGUUUGAGUGCGUUGUUUGGUGAAACCCCUCCAGUGGAGAUUUCAAUCCGUAUAUUUCAGUGAUCCUCAUCUUUGAUGUGUUUUUAUGCUACUUUAUAAAGACACUAGUCUAAAACAAAUGAUUUUUACAAAUCAGUAUUUGUGAAUGGCCCUUGGGGGCCCAGAAAAUGUGUUCAAAUGUGAUUGACGUUCAUGUAAAAUGGGCCAAAAAAGAGAUUUAACUGAGACUGAAAAGUCAAAUAUUGUAAAAUGCCUUUCAGGUGGAUGCAACACUCUUGAAAUGGCUAAACUAUGGAGGCGUGACCAACUAGGAUCUAGGGCGCAGAAAACGCAUGGAGAAGAAAAGGCGCAAAUUAACUGCAAAAGACUUAAACAUGAAGCUACCAGGAACCCGCCGUACAGGGACAAUCCCCCCAGAGCAACCUGGAGUUAAGUGCCUUACUCAAGGACACAAUGGUGGUGACUGUGGGGAUCGAACCAGCGACCUUCUGAGUACCAGAUUACCAGUUGCUCACUGAGACAUGAACGAGAGCAGAUUGGCCAACGAGAGCGGUGGAGCACUACCACUGGCGUCGUGGUUGAAGUCCGAAGCCUUCGACGGCAACGAGAGCCUCGCGCUCACCACAGCAGCCCUCGAGUUCCACGUGAACCCGUGGGACAUCAUGUUGUGCCUCUCCGGUACCAUCAUCGCCUGUGAGAAUGCCAUCGUGGUGGCCAUCAUCUUCUACUCGCCGACGUUGAGAAACCCCAUGUUCGUUCUGAUCGGCAGCCUCGCCACCGCUGACCUUCUCGCCGGGGUGGGAUUAAUUCUGAACUUCAUGUUCCAGUAUCUGAUCUCCUCUGACACCAUCAGCCUUAUCACGGUCGGCUUCCUGGUGGCCUCCUUCACCGCCUCCAUCAGCAGCCUCCUCGCCAUCACGGUCGACCGCUACCUGUCCCUCUACAAUGCCUUGACGUACUUCUCUGAAAAGACGCUGCAUUACGUGCACUUGAUGUUGGUGGGCACGUGGGGCGCGUCUCUUUGCCUAGGGCUGCUUCCCGUGUUGGGAUGGAACUGCUUGGACGACGCGUCCACCUGCAGCAUCGUUCGGCCCCUAAAACGCACCAACUUAACCCUCCUCGCCACAUCGUUCUUCUUCAUUUUCGCUCUUAUGCUCAGUCUUUACUUCAAGAUCUGUAAAAUAGUGUGCCAUCACGCACAUCAGAUCGCUCUCCAGCAAACUUUUUUCACCACGUCGCACUACGUAGCCACUAAGAAGGGCGUCUCCACGCUCGCCAUCAUCUUGGGUACCUUUGGGGCGAGCUGGUUGCCCUUUGCCAUAUACUGUUUGGUCGGGGAGCGCGAGUAUCCUCCGGUAUAUACGUACGCAACGCUGCUCCCUGCCACCUACAACUCCAUGAUCAAUCCGAUUAUUUAUGCCUACCGGAACACAGAGAUCCAACGCUCCAUCUACAUACUCUUCUGCGGCUGUUUUCAGAACAGCGGCUCGUAUCGCUCCAGGUCACCCAGUGAGGUGUAGAUCCGUUCCCCGUGUGCUUUUUUACAUGUUGCCUGUUCGUGUAAAAAGCUCUGAGUGUCUGUUGCGCAAUUGCACUUUAUAAAGACUCUGGACUGCGACCAGUAUGUCUAAAAAAUGCUGUGAACAACACAAACCUGUGACACACGCAACAACCCACAUCGAGAAUGAAUAUUUAUAUUAUUUAUAACCGAAAUGUUGCACUUUACUGUAAAAUUCUAGAUGCCAAAGCAGUAUUGUAUAGGCCUACUGUACGUGUUUGAAGAGUUCUGUGUGUGGUGGGUUUUCUAUUUUGUAAAGUUGUCCUUGACUGUACAUUUUAAAUACAUUCUAAAGUACACUUGAACUGAUUUAUUCAUUGCUGUCGGUACGUGUAUGUGUGUUUGCGAGCAUGAGAGUAUCAGUGCAUGUGUGUGUGGAACAA